ACACAAGCCCAGUGAUGCUCCAAUGUUCUUGUGCUUCGGUGGACGUGGACAACCCAGAAAGAAAGACAACUGCGGAUGGAAAAUACGUUGAUCAGCUAGAUCCUCAGUCGAGCGCGGGCCAGCAAACAACACAGAACAAAAUGUCGAGCGAGGACAAAUGGAGAUGUCAGUGGAAUUCAAAGCCGGUUGAGGACCUUUGGAGUUCCUUACAGAAGGGGAAAUCCGCCUCCCUCUUAAAGAAGCACCUGACGGAGGAUCGCUACAAGGCCCUCAAGGAUAAGCCGACCAGUCUUGGAGGAACCCUUGCCCAGUGUAUGAGCUCAGGGGCUCUCCAUGAGGGCAGCAAGGUUGGAAUCUACGCGUGUGACCCAUCUGCUUACGCGGAUCCCGGCUACGCGGAGCUUUUCAACUUGGUCAUCCAGGACUACCACACCGGAAACCCCAAUGGCACCGUGAAACACCCGGAGCCUACAUUCGGCACCGACGCCGAGAUUGCAAGCCUAGGGGACCUUGACCCCUCCGGUCAGUUCGUCGUCUCCACCCGCGUCCGAAUGGCGCGCUCUCACGAGGGCAUGCCAUUCCCCCCAGCCGCCAAGAAAGAGCACUUCGAGAAGAUGGAGAAGCUUGCGUGCGAGGGUCUGUCCACUCUGACCGGAAAUCUUUCCGGAACCUACUACCCCCUCCGCGGAAUGGACAAGGGCAUGCAGCAGAAGAUGAUUGAGGACCACUUCCUCUUCCGCGCAGACGACGAUGUGCUUGGGGACGCUGGCGGUUACAGCUGCUGGGACACCGGAAGAGGCAUCUUUCACAACAAGGACAAGACUUUCCUCACAUGGCUGAACGAAGAGGACCACUUCCGGUUCAUCUCCAUGCAAAUGGGCGGCAACCUCGGGGAGGUUUACAAGCGCCUUGUUGAUGCCAUCAGGCACAUGGAGACAAAGAUGAAGUUCGCCAAGAAGGACGGUCUGGGCUACCUGACGUUCUGCCCGACCAACCUGGGCACCACCCUACGUGCCAGUGUCCACGUCCGCGUGCCCAUGCUCAGCAAGGACCCCAAGGUCCUCAAGGAUAUCUGUGACAAAUACAAGCUGCAGCCCAGAGGCGUGCACGGAGAGCAUUCUGAGAGCAAGGGAGGGGUGUACGACAUCUCCAACAAACAGCGUCUCGGCCUCACCGAGUAUGAAGCCGUGAAGACCAUGAAGGAUGGUGUCCUCGCAAUCAUCGCCGAGGAGGCCAAACUCACCUGGAUGCCGAAGCCGAUUGGUGAGCUGUGGGACAUUUUGCAAAAGGGCAAUUCCCAAUCUCUCAUGAAGAAGUUCCUUACACCUGUCUACGAAAAACUCAAGGACAAGAAGACGACACUUGGAGGCACCAUCGCUCACUGCAUCAACUCCGGCUGUCUUCACGAAGGCAGCAAGGUUGGUAUCUAUGCGUGUGACCCUGACGCCUACACGACGUUUGAGGAAGUCUUCAACCCCGUGAUCCUGGCGUACCACAAGGUAGACAAAAUCAACCACCCCGAGCCCACGUUCGGCACGGAAGAUGAGAUGUCCAAGCUCGAGAAUAUCGACCCCGAGAACAAGAUGGUGCUCUCUACACGUAUCCGCGUAGCCCGAUCUCACACAAAGUAUCCCUUCUCACCCGCCUGCUCCUCUGAGGACUUCGAGAACAUGGAGGCGGACACUGUAGCGGCGCUGUCGACACUGUCUGGCGAGUUGGCCGGCCAAUACUAUCCGCUAGCCAAGAUGACACCCGAACAGCAGAACCAACUCAUCCAGGACCACUUCCUCUUCAGGAACGACGACGAUGUGUUGGGCGAUGCUGGCGGCUACAAGUACUGGGACAUCGGACGUGGCAUCUUCCACAACAAGGACAAGACCUUCCUGACCUGGGUGAACGAGGAGGAUCACCUGCGUCUCAUAUCUAUGCAGAAGGGUGGCGAUCUGGGGCAGGUCUACAGGCGCCUCGUCAAGGCCAUCGGAGAGCUUGAGAAGAAACUGACGUUCGCCAAGCGUAAGGGAUACGGCUACCUGACAUUCUGCCCGUCCAACCUUGGCACCACGCUACGUGCCAGCGUCCACAUGGCCAUUCCCAACGUAUGCAAGCAGCCAAACUUCAAGGAAUUCUGCGAGAAAUUUUCUAUCCAGCCUAGAGGCAUCCACGGCGAGCACUCUGAGAGCGAGGGAGGCGUGUACGAUCUGUCCAACAAGCGACGUCUCGGGCUCACCGAGUACGCAGCGGUCCGUGAAAUGUUGGAUGGCGUCCUGGCUAUCAAGAAAUGGGAAGAAGAACUUGCUGCAGCCAAGAAAUAGACGCCCAAACAAUCAAAGAACAUUCUAUCAAUGAAACUUUCUAAAAACAAAUAUUGAAUUCUUCAAUUUGAACUUUUUGUGAACAAACAACCUAGUUUCAUAAUUGUGGGAUAAAUACCGUGCAAAAAAGUGCCAAUAUUUCAAAUGGUAUAAUUGUGCAUUUAAACUUUGAGUGAGAAAACGAAAAUCACAAUGGUUACUAAGGAAACUAUGCACGUAUUUUAGAAUUUGUGUUAUUGCUAGAAUUUAUCUUGUGAUUAUAUCCCAACCAGAGGUGCAGUGUGGUUUGCUUCGUAACUGUCCAUUUGUCCAUUAGGUAUUAAUUUUGUGUAUUACACUGUGAUUUAUUUGUUGUUGUUUAUUUUCCUAUUUAUACAUUUUUCCCAAGAACCAAAGGAAAUAAAAGGAUUAAAAAAUA